AUGGAUAACGCCGGGUGGCACGCAAGACACCAAGCGAAGAAAGAAUUUGAGCGAUGGAGCACUCCUCAGCGGGGGCCAGAUGGCCGCUUCCAGCCCGUGGAGGAGACCCACCCGAUGCAAGAGCCUCCCCCAGGGGCAUUACCCAACCUGCGUGUUUCCAUUCCAUCCCCACAGCCACCGGUCAACGGGAAAGCAACUACACCACCUCCAAGAGACGAGUCGCGCAGUAAUGGGCGCACAGAUGGACUCCCUAGCGUCUCCCCAGGCAGCAUGUGGUCAAACGCAACGCUGAGGGAGUCUGCCUUCCACUCGCCCGUACCGACUAAUGUAUCGCAGUUGACGCGCAUGAGUGCCGUCCAGCGAUCGCAGAACUUGAGGGUUGCCCACAUGAAUCCUUAUUUGCAGCUGAUGACGGGACCACUCCUACGGUAUGACACGGUGGACGUUCAGGGGGUAUGGCGCGGCGCAGCUCUCAUUGUUACCGUCGAUGCUAGUUCUGUAUAUGAUCCUAACCCUACGCUCGCCUACUCUUGGGACCCUGACCGACCGGUCAAACGGAAGGUCAACACACCACAGUCAUCUCUGCCGAGCCCUGAGGUCGAAACACAACCAGGUCCUCGCGAGGUGUUCAAAAACGUGGAUGGUCAAGAAAUCUGGGUAUAUUACGGCACUGGCGGAACGUAUACCUUUUGGAGGUUCAUCAUCGAGGUUCCUCUAGGCCCAAGUGAGAUGCAAGUCAAGUACCGCGUGAACAAUGGUCAAGAAUUCGAGUUCUACGUGCCAGGGCGUUCUCAGAACAUGCGCUUCGCGGCGUUUUCUUGUAACGGUUUCAGUUCCGGUGUAAACCCUAAUGAUUUCUGUGGACCAGGAUUCUAUAGUGGUUAUGAUCCGGUAUGGACUGACCUCCUCUCCAAGCAUGCUGAGGAGCCCUUCCACGCAUUGGUUGGCGGUGGAGAUCAACUAUACUGUGACGGCAUAAUGCGCGAACCGGAGUUGCAAGAGUGGGUUACCCAGACAAAGCCCGAGGUCAAGAAGAAAUGCACGCUCAAGGAGGAAAUGCGGCUCGCCAUUGAUCGGUUCUAUUUCAACCACUAUUGCGAGUCCUUCCGGAGGGGGGCGUUUGCUAGGGCAAAUAGCUCGAUCCCGAUGUUGAACAUGCUUGAUGAUCACGAUCUGAUCGACGGGUUCGGAAGCUACCCCGACGACCUGAUGUCAUCACCCGUGUUUGGCACGAUAGGUGCACGAGGUUACUUUUUCUUCCUUCUUUUCCAGUGCUUCAUCAACAUCGAGGUCGACGGACUGAAUGACCGGCAGCAUCCCUUCAAGUCCGUCAUUAUCGGUGCACCUGGGCCAUUUAUUCCAUUCCGGUCACAUUCCUUCUUGACCUACCUGGGUCCUCAGGUCUCCAUGCUGUUGCUCGAUUGUCGUGCGGAGAGAAAGAAGGACCAAGUAUGUAGCCCACAGGAGUACAAGACGGUGUUUGAGCGAGUGUAUGAGCUCCCCCCGGAUGUAGAGCAUCUCGUGAUCCUGCUGGGGAUUCCUAUCGCCUAUCCUCGGAUGGUUUUCCUGGAGAACUUGCUGGAAUCCAAAAUGAAUCCUUUAGUCGCCCUGGGAAGGGCGGGUUCGCUGGGUCUUUCCAGUUUUGUCAACAAGUUCAAUGCUGAUGCCGAAUUGCUUGACGAUCUCAACGAUCACUGGACAGCAAAGAUGCACAAGCGGGAACGAAACUGGUUCAUCGAACAGCUGCAGCUCUUCGCGAAAGCCAAACAUUGUCGCAUAACUUUCGUGGCAGGAGAUGUGCAUUGUGCUGCAGUCGGUGUCCUCAAAACUCUUCAGAAGAACAAGAAGAAAGGCGGUAUACCGCCCGCUCAGGACCAUCGAUACAUGCUCAAUAUCGUGACCAGUGCAAUAGUGAACACGCCACCUCCCAAUGGUGUCCUCUCCAUGGUAUCCGCCCUUUCGACGAAGACGCAUCGAACGUUACAUUAUGUGGACACAGAUGAGACCAUGGUCCCAGUAUUCGAAAGGGACGCCAACGGAGCACCCACGAAAAGCAAGUAUAUCAUGGGAAGACGGAACUAUUGUAUAGUAAAUUGGGAGUCAGCCUCAGGCGACCUUAUCUUCGAGUUGCGAAUUGAAAAGAACAAGGGAAUGGGAGAGACCACAGGAUAUGCUGUUCGCUCACCACCACCUCGUUGGGCCCGAUCGUAG